AUGCUGGAAUGGAGGGAUGUGAUGAGACGAUUUGGUAUGCGGGAUUGUGCGCGGCUUUCUUUGAUGUUGGAAUUGAUGGCGGGGGUGUCUGGGACUGUUGUCGCUGGGGAUGUGCCUUGUAUAUUCCCUGAGCUUGCGGGCUCGUUUGAUACGGCGGGGUCGUCGCGGGCGAGCGUGAUCGAUGGGGACUACUUGUAUGUCGCGGAUGGUGCGGCGGGGUUGGUCGCGUUUGAUAUCAGUGAUCUGUCGAAUCCGAUGAUGACUGAUUCGUUUGAUACAACGGGGAAUGCGAUUGACCUUCGCUUGGUUGGGGACUUGUUGUAUCUUGCGGAUGAUGCGGGUGGGCUGCUGGUGUUUGAUGUUGGUGUUGACGGGUCGCUCGCGCUUGUUGGGAGCUUUGUGACGGGCGGGCGCGCGUUUGGGAUUGAUGUGGUGGGGACGACUGUGUAUCUCGCGGAUCGGGAGAACGGGCUUGUGGUGCUUGACGCGACGCUGCUCGGAUCGAUCACGCAGAUCGGUCAGUAUGUGAUUCCUGGUGGUGCGUUUGUGCUCGAUGUGGCGGUCGAGGGGGAUUCUGCGUAUCUCGCGGCGGGGAACGGCGGGAGCUUUGAGAUCGUGGAUGUGAGUGAUCCGUCGUCGAUGAGCCGGGUUGGGGGGCUCGCGGGUGUCGGGGCAUUUGGGGCAUCGGUGGAUCAUGAUGGGAGUGUUGUGUUCCUCGCGGAUUCGGUGGAUGGGGUGAGCGUGAUUGACGCGAGCAAUCCCGCGGCUCCGGUCCUGAUGAAUAGUCUGGACAUCGGUAGUCCUCGCUCGGUGACGGCGCAGGGAUCGCUGGUGUUUGCCGGGAACAACAGUGAUGGGUUGACGAUCUUGGAUGCGAGUGAUCCGAUGAAUCUUGCUGUGAUUGGUGAAUACGACACGGCGGGCAACGCGUUCGGCGUUGGGGUUGCUGGAUCGGUCGCGUGCAUCGGGGAUUUGUUUUCAGGGAUCCAGUUGGUGAACCUGAAUCUGAGCGAGUGCCUCUCGGACAUGAACGGGGAUUGUCAGCUUAACUUCCUCGAUGUGUCGGAGUUCCUGUCGCUCUUUAGUGCUCAGGAUCCGAGGGCGGACUUUACGAUGGAUUGCAUCGAGUUGGAUGAGCUGGGGCUCGUCGAUACGGGCGGCUGGGUGAGUAGUGUCGUGGUGCUUGAUGGCUACGCGUACGUGACGCGAUCGAGUGGUGGGGGGAUGGAUGUGAUUGAUGUGAGUGUUGUGGAGGAUGGGGGCGUGGUGUAUGUGCGCACAUAUGACGACGAUGGGCGGAGGUCAUAUUUUCAUGUUGUGGAUGUCAGCAUCCCCACGACUCCGGUGCUUGUCGAGCGGCACUCCAUCGCGGGACGGAUGAACGACAUGGAUGUAGAGGGGGAGUUCGCGUACUUUGCGGCGGCGAAGAAUGGUUUGUACAUAUUUGAUUUGAUGUAUGGUUACGGUAGUCCAUAUAAAUCAAACCAUUCGGCAACGGGGUAUUUCAACGAUGUGCGUGUUGAGAGCAGCAUUGCGUAUGUUGGGUUUUUCAACAUUGGUAUGGAGCUGAUUGAUGUGAGUACUCCGGCGCCGGUGUCGUUGGGUAGUACACAUCUGCUUGCCGAGCCUGUGGUGGUGGGAUCGGUGCUUUACGGGAUUGAUCCGUAUGACUUUCGGGUGUUCGCGGUGGAUGUGAGUGAUCCAUCGGCACCGAUUGUGUUGGGGAGCGUGGAGCCGAGUCUUGGGAUCCCUUCGCAGCUCGUUGUUAGGGGUGACACGGUGUUUGUGAGCAUGGGGAUUGGGACUCACACUGAGGUGUACGAUUUUUCGGAUCCGACAAUGCCCGUGCUCAUAGGAAUGACUGAAACGAACGGGUAUGCGGGUGAAGUUGUGGGGGAUCGGUUGUAUGUCGCGGGAUUGUUUGAGGGGCUCAAGAUUCUUGAUGCUCGUGAUGAGUGUGCGGGUGUGUGUGCAGCGGAUCUGACUGGUGAGGGGGAUCUGAAUUUUUUGGAUGUGAGCGCGUUUUUGGCGGCUUAUGGGAGCGGCGAUCUUGUUGCGGACUUUUCGUCCGAUGGGAUGCUCAACUUUCUGGAUGUCAGUGCGUUCCUGUCUGAGUUCUCUGGUGGGAAGGCGUACGGCGGGCGCACCGUGGUGGACGGGGUGUCGCUGGAGGUCGAGCACUCGGAGAUCGUGGGGCUGCUUGGGCGCAACGGGGCGGGGAAGACGACGACGUUCCGGAUGACGAUCGGGAUGAUCGAGCGUGAUGAUGGGCGGGUGAUCUUUAAUAACACCGAGGUGACGGGGCUCCCGAUGUAUCGGCAUGCUCGGUUGGGGAUGGGGUAUCUGUCGCAGGAGCCGAGCGUGUUUGGUCGGCUCACGUGUGAGCAGAAUCUGAUGGCGAUUUUGGAGACGCUCAAGCUUUCGCGGAAGGAGCGCAAGCGCAAGGCGGCGGAUCUGCUCGGUCAGUUUGGUCUGAGUCACAAAGCGAACGAUGCGGCGCGGACGUGUUCUGGUGGCGAGCGCCGGAAGCUUGAGAUUGCGCGGUCUUUGGUGACGAAUCCGAAGUUGAUUCUGCUUGAUGAGCCGUUUAGUGGGGUGGAUCCGAUCGCGGUGGAGGAUCUGCAGGAUGAGAUUCGGGCGCUGACGCAGCGGGGGAUUUCGAUUCUGAUUACGGAUCACAAUGUGCAGCAGACGCUGCGUGUGUGUGAUCGUGCGUACAUUCUGGAUUCGGGGAAGGUGCUCGCGGAGGGGACUCCGAAGCAGCUGAUCAACUCGGAUCUGGUUCGUCGUGCGUAUCUGGGUUCGAUGUUCCGCGGUGACGAGUUUGAUGAGAGCGAGUACGAGCGGCGGGAGCUUGAGGUGACGAGUGAUCCCAGCGGGGCGCGGGUGUGGUUGAAUGAUGAGCUGAUCGGGGUGACGCCUUGCGAGGCGGGGUUUACUUACUACGGCAAGUACGAUGUGCGGUUGGCGCUGGAUGGGUAUGAGCCGAUCCAUGAGGGGCGGGUGAUGAAGGCGCCGAUCUACGAGUAUCCGAUCGUGGAUCUUGCGGCGACGGCGGUACCGAUCGACUUUGAGUCGGUCAAUCGCUGGCACUUUGUGCUGACGGCGACGGACGAGAUCGCGGGGGAUCGCGAUGCGCUGAUUGAUCGCGACGGUGGAUCCGAUCCCGAUGAGGGUAUCGUUGUGGACGAUGGUGGCGCCUCCGAGUGUGACGCCUGGCGCGAUGUGUGUGUUCUCGUGGAUGAUGCAGUCGUGCUCGAUGAUCGCGCCGGUGUUAAUGAUCGCGUGGGCGCGGACUUUGGCGCCGGUGUGGAUGAUCGCGCCGGGAGCGACGAAGACGCCUUCUUCGAGCUCGGCGUCUGGAGAGAUGAUCGCGGUGGGGUGGAUGAUGGGUGGGGAGGCGGCUUCGUUGUAUUCAUCGAGGAUGCGCCGGCGCGCGGCGAGGUCACCGAUCGCGAGGAUCCAACGCGCGGGUUGGUGGUUGAUGAAGUCGUCGAUCGAUCCGAGAUAGGUCGGCGGGUUUGGCGGAGGGGGGCGGUGGAGGAGUUUGGCGUUUGGGUUGUCGUCGUAGAUGCCUGCGAUGGGGAGGUUGAGUUGGUGUGUGGUUUGGAGUGUGACGGCGGCGUGUCCGCCGGCGCCGAUGAGGAUAGUGGGUUUGUGAUGCUGAAGGUUGCGGCGGUGAGCUAUCUGAAUACGGCUCCGUUGAUCGAGGGGCUCGAUGCGUGGGCGGGCUGUGAGAUGGUCCGGAGUGUUCCGGCGGGGAUUGGGGGGAUGGUUGCGAGGGGGGAAGCGGAUCUGGGGCUCGCGUCGGUGGUGGACUUCGCGAAGUUCAAAGAUUGUGAUGGUGGGGGAUUGGUCAUGGUCCCUGCGGGGAUGAUCGGGUGUGAUGGUCCGACGCUGACUGUGCGGCUGUUCUCGUCGGUUCCGAUUGAAGAAAUCACGGUGGUUCAUGCGGACACGGAUUCGCACACUUCGGUGGUGCUGUGUGAUCUGGUGCUGCGCGAGCGCGGCGUGCGGGCGAAGAUUGUGGACUUUGAUGUGCGCGAACGCGUGGCGAGCGGGGAUAGUGAGGGUUCGAUUGAUCCGGAAUCGGAUGGUUGGCCUGAGGCGGUGUUGAUGAUUGGGGACAAGGUGGUGACGGGAUCUCCGGCGGCGGUGCGGUAUCCGUAUCAGGUGGAUCUUGGGGAGGCGUGGGGUGAGAUGACUGGUCUGCCGUUUGUGUACGCGGUGUGGAUGUGUCGUGCGGAUCGGCUGGCGGAUGAGGAAACUGGUGCUGAGAUACGAGCGGGGGCGCUGGUGCUCGAGCGGAUGAUGCUGCGGAAUCGGAUGCGGCUGGACUGGAUUGUGAUGAAUCAUGCGAAGCAUUCGGGUUGGCCUACGGAUUUGGCGCGGCGGUAUAUCGGCGAGUUGUUGCGGUUCAAGGUGGAUGAGCGUGCGCGUGAAGCGGCUGGGGUGUUCCUUGAUCGCGCGGCAGACGCUGGAUUGGUUGAGCAGUGCGAUGUGCGCUGGAUGGAGUUGGGGGAAGGGGUGCGGGUGAUCGAAGCGCUGGCGGCGGAGCUGCGCUUUGCUGGCAAGGCGACAUUGGUGCGCCAUCUCGAGCGGAUCGAGGGGCUGGCGCCGGGGAUCGAGGUGGACGGGGUGUAUCCGGCGGAGUUCUUGGUGUUCCGCGUGACGGGGUAUCGCGCGCAGGAGCUUGGUACGGGAGAGCUUGAUGAGAUGGUUCCAGGCGCGGCAGUGCUCGGUGAUCUUUCGGCGCUCGCGGAGCGGAUCAGCGAGUCGGCGAAGAUUACCGAAUCGGAUGUGGGGGUUGCGGGCGAGGAUCACUGGACGAUUGAUGGGCUCGCGGAGCGUUGGGGGGUGAGCAGGAAAACUGUUGAGCGAUAUCGGCGCAAGGGAUUGGUAGCGCGGCGGGUGGAUCGUGGGAGCGGGCAUCGCGCGGUGGUGUUUAUGCGGGAUGCCGUGGAGUGGUUCGAGCAGCGGCAUGCAGAGCGGCUUGGGAACGCGGCGGGCUUCUCUCGGAUGAGCGAUGCGAUGCGCGCCAAGAUUGUGCAUGAUGCGGAGCGGUAUGUCGCGCGGCUGGGAUGGAAUCGGUCGCGGGUGUGCGAGCGGAUCGCUCAGCGGAUCGGGCGCUCGAUGGAAAGUGUUCGGCUGGUGUUGGUUCAGCAUGAUGAGCAGGUGCCCAAAGGCGAGCGGAUCUUUCGGAUGGUUGGUGUUGCGGAUGAUGCGGAGCAAAUGGAAAUGCUGCGCGAGUCGCUGCGUGGCAAGCGGAGUGGGACGAUCGGGGCGCGGUUCGGGCGCAGCGCGAUGUCGGUGAGCCGAGGGGUGAAUCGGGCGCGGCGGGGACUGAUUCUGGAUUCUGGGUUCGGGGUGUCGGCGGUCGAGCUUGAUCACGAGCUCGAUGACGCGGUGCUUGGUGAGGAAGUGGUCCGAUCGGGGUUUACGACGCGCGGGGCGCGGGAUUUGGCGGGGUUGAUCGGUCAGAUGCGCGAGCGGCACGCGGCGGUCGUGUAUGAGCAGUCGGCACGGGCGCGAGCGGUGGGGGUACUCAGGGGGCGCGUUGAGCGGCUGUGUUCGGAGCUGCAUCCUUCGACGCCUUCUGGUCGCGUGCUUGAUGAGAUCGAGACGGCGAUGCGGUGGAUGAUGCUGCUGCGGAUCGAGCUGGCGGGGACGCAGCUUGGGUUGAUGUUGUCGACGAUCGAGGAGCGGAUCGGGGGGCCGAUUGAUACGCUCGCGCCGGGGCGCGUUGCGGAGGUGCUGAGCGAUGCGAUCAGUGUGGUGCACGGGGUGAUCGAGCGGUUUGACGGGGCGGGUAAUAGGAGAUUGGCGGCGCCGGUGGGUUUGGCGAUGGCGCGGUGGUGUGCGCAUCUAGACGAUGUUGCGGUGCCUGUGACAGAAGGGAAGGCGGGUCGGCGGUUGAUCACGGGCUUUGAAGUCAAGGACUGGACGCGGAGCAUGUGGGCGCGAUGGUGGUGGCUGCGUCCUGAGGUGCUUGGUGAUGGGGCGCUGGAGGGGGUGAGUGAUUCGGAUCGGGUUUUGUUGAUGCGCCGGUACGGGCUUGGGGGCGAGCGGCCUUGGACGCUUGGGGAGCUUGGGGAGGAGAUGGGGACGCCUGGUAUGCAUGUCGGGCGGAUGGUGCAGGGGGCGCUUCGGCGGGUUGUUGAGCGGUAG